CAUGUAAUCUUGGAAACCAAACCUUCCUUCCCCACACUCUUCCUUCUUUCUCCUCUUUCUCUCUCUAAAAUUUCCCGAAUUUCUCUCUCCUCAAUCGACCCCCAAAACCAAAACCCCUUCUGAUAAUGGCGACUUUCUCUUUCUGUAAAUGCAGCGCCAGACGAAACGGCUACGCCUUCAACGAAUUGCUCUUUGGGAUUCGAAAGGGUCGAAAUGGAUUUCGAAAUCUCCGAAACGUUUCGGCGUUUAUUCUUCCUCCUCUUUACAAGAAGAAGUUUUACAAAUGGAGAUCUCUCAUGGGAAAAAACUGUCGCGUUUUCAGUGCUAUGCCUGUUACAGUAUGGAUGCUCGAGAGAGGUCAAGAUCCUUGAUUUUAAAGUCAUCAAAACAGAAGAGAGUGCCCGUCUUUGUGAUGAUGCCCAUUGAUUCCUUUGGCAUUGAUAUUCUUGGGACCCCAAAGAUAAAAAGAAUCAAGGCCUUAUCUGUUUCCCUAAAAGCACUCAAGCUGGCAGGUGUCCAUGGAAUUGCAAUUGAGGUUUGGUGGGGAAUUGUGGAACACACUUCUCCUCACGCUUAUGACUGGUCUCUUUACGAAGAGCUUUUUAAACUGGUAUCCGAAGCAGGUCUGAAGAUGCACAUUGCUAUGUGUUUCCAUUCAAAUGUUCACUUAUCAUCUCAACAAAAAGGCUGUGUGAACCUCCCACUGUGGAUUCAAAAGAUUGGAGCUGUUGACAGGGACAUAUUUUAUCGAGAUCGGAAUGGGAAUUUCUGUGACGAUUAUCUUACUCUUGGAGUGGAUGAUCUUCCUUUAUUUUGUGGCCGUACUGCGCUCCAAUGCUAUGAAGACUUCAUCUUUAGUUUCCUUGAAAAGUUUGACCUGUUAAUUGGUCACGUAAUUGAAGAAAUAAGUGUUGGCCUUGGUCCUGCUGGCGAACUUAGGUAUCCUGCUCAUUCUUGUGCUGAUAGUCGGUGGAGAUUUCCUGGAAUUGGUGAAUUCCAAUGCUAUGAUAAGUACAUGAUGGAGGAUCUAAAGAUAGCUGCUUGCCAAGAAGGAAAACCUCAGUGGGGUGGGAAUGGCCCGCAAGAUGCUGGUUGUUACAAUAGUUCACCAUUGGGAGUUCCUUUCUUUGAAGGUGGUCAAAAAAGUUUCCUUUCUGACUACGGGCAUUUCUUCCUUGAAUGGUACAGUGGUAAGCUGAUUCAUCACGCAGAUGCUAUUCUUGGGAAAGCAGCAGACAUGUUGAAGAAAUAUCAAAAAGAUGAUGCUACAUCUGUGCUACUAGUAGCAAAGAUUGGUGCAAUAUAUUGGUGGUACCAGACACUGUCACAUGCCGCUGAACUUACAGCUGGCUAUUACAACACCGCUCAGAGAGAUGGCUAUGAUCCCUUAGCUUUAGUGCUGUUUCGUCAUGGUGCAGCUCUACACUUAUCGUGCCUUGAAAUGAUGGACACUGAGACAUCGCCAGGUUAUUUUUGCAGUCCAGAAGGAUUACUACAACAGCUUCAAGCUGUCUCGAAGAGGAGGACAAUAAGUUUGACAGGAAGGAACUGUAGUGAACGUUUUGACAAGGCUGGUCUACAGAGAAUACAAGCCAAUUGUUAUAAUUCAGAGGCAGAAACUGUAAGAUCAUUCACUUAUUUCAGAUUGAGUGGCAGCAUUUUUAAGGCCGAAAAUUGGUGCAACUUUGUUCCCUUUGUGAGAAACAUGAAUGCUGAACAGUGACACACCAUUCAACCAUUCUAUGUUUUGUUAAAAUAAUCAAAUAGAUGAUAGAAUAGCCUUUGCCCUGGAGUUUUUGUCAGGCAGGGUAAUUUGUUCGACAUACCGAUUUCAUCAACUUCUGUAUUCUUCAUUCUUUACAGAUGUAAAUAGCCCUCCAUUGUCAGAGUAGUUACAGUUCUAAUUGUUCUACACGAAACUUAGUUGUUUUAGGGUAAAUUAUUAAUAUAUUUGGUCUCUUAGAAAGUAUACCAUCUAUGUAAUGAAGCUGAUUGUGUGCUGGUUGGCAUUUGAUCUUCCAUUAGUUUUCUUUAUUUAUAGACAUGAAAUCAGCUGGUGCAAUGAUGUUUACGCCUGUA